AUGUCUGAGCAGUAUCAACCUCCCUCAGGAACACGUUCACGUGUUCUUGCUUGUAUUAAUCGUCAAUCCGGGCCUAACGUAGAUGACCAUAUGAUCAAAAAUCUUGAAUUUUCUAAUAAUACAGAUAUUGAUCUACUAGUCAGUCUGAUUAACCAGCGUGUCCAUGAUAAUAUUGAGGAGUGUGGAGUAAUGGAUGCAAAUAUAACACGAAAAGAUGAUUGUGGUUUUGAUCACCCAUCCGGACCUCAAAAGCUUAUCCAUUUGGGUUGUAAAGUGGUGUUUAAUCUUAUUGUUCCAAAGAAUCUCCAUGAAUGCCCUUAUAUACUCCUAACAUCACAUGGAAAGCAUGAGCAUCCUCCUCCACCACCAAUAAAAGCACCACCAGAGCUUAUUGCAGAUAUUAGAGAAUUGAUCCAAAGUCUGCAAAAUCCAGACCUAACACUGUCUUCAUUUCUGCGCAGUCCAGAGCUCCAAGCUCUAUGCCAGAGAUAUGAUGUUAAUCAUAUUACUGAUCUUCAUCAAAGCUUUGUGAAUAUGGAUCGCUUUACUCUUAUUAUUCAAAAAGCAAAGCUUAUUCUAUACCCAGAAGGACAGGGCCUUAUGGGCUUACAGUGGAUGAGAAACCGAAGGCCAGAAAUAAAAGACUAUGUUCGAGAGGUCUUUCAAGAUGGGGAUACUAUUAUAAUAAUAUGUGCCCUGGACUCACAACUCCAUCUUCUUCAAUCUGUCUCUUCAUUUGAGAUAGAUAUGGGAUGGAAGCGACUACGUUCAAAUAACCUUAAAGAGGUUGUAUUUGCGAUCAUGUCACGAGAUCAUGGAAAGAGUAAGAGGACAAAUGGAAGUAAUGAAGAUUGGCAGUGGCAUGUUGAGCAUGUUAUGAUCUUCUGUCGUAUUCACUUUCUACGUGGAGUUGAAGAGGUUGUUGGAAAAUGUCAACAGCAUACAGAGCUUUUCAAGCGAAUGAUGGCUUUACUAGACUGUGAGAGUGAGGAGGAUUAUAUUGAGCUGGUCCAGCAUCUACUACAUACUGCUGAUCCUGAUUCAAAACAGGAGGGUUGGGCUCUUCAUAAAGCUGACCCAGUUAUAGCUGCAGGACUUAAUAAAUCCCGCUCUCGCAUGGAUUCUGAAGACUUUGAUGAAGCUACAGCUCAUACUAAUGCAGCAGAGCAAACUCAUGAGAAGGGGCUAGCAAUGGGAAGAGCUUUAAGUAUUGUGAAGGCGGUACAAACUGGCUAUCACCUUGAUAAGCGAGACAUGGCACAAUAUGAUACUCGAGAUCUCUAUGGAAUUCGGCAUUCUUAUUCUAAGCGAAGUGGGUCAGACCUAUUCGCAGAGAGUUUAAGAAGAGGUCGUAAGUAA